CCCGCAGGAGCCAUCCCCCUGGCAGUGCGGCUGCUGCUGCUCCCCUGGGCAAUGGUGGGCCCCGGAGCAAGGAGCUCCUUGGGCCUGGAAGGAGCGGAGGCCGGCGAUCCCGAGCUCCUGAAGUGCCCGGGUGUCUGCGCCUGCAGCUACGAUGACUACAGCGAAGAGCUCAACGUCUACUGCAGCUCCAAGAACCUCACGCAGCUCCCCAGUGACCUGCCUGGGCCCACCAAGGCUCUGUGGCUGGACGGCAACAACUUCACCACGCUGCCUACGGGGGCCUUCAAAAACCUCUCCAGCCUGGAUUUCCUCAACCUGCAGAGCAGCCAGGUGAGCAGCCUCGAGCCGCACGCUUUCCAUGGACUCAGGGCCCUCUAUCACCUCCACCUGGAGCGAAACCGGCUGAAGUCCCUGGCCCCCAACACUUUCCUGCACACCCAGAACCUGGUGUCCCUGAGCCUCAACAACAACCACUUCAGCAAGGUGGAAGAGGGGCUCUUUGCGGGGCUGUCCAACCUCUGGGACCUGAACCUUGGCUGGAACUCGCUGGUGGUUCUCCCAGACACGCUGUUCCACGACCUGCCCAACCUGCGUGAGCUUGUCGUGGCCGGGAACAAGCUGGCUUACUUGCAGCCCCAGCUCUUCUGCAGCCUCACUGAGCUGCGGGAACUGGAUCUGAGCGGGAACGCUCUGAGGAGCAUCAAGGCCAACGUCUUCAUCAAGCUGCAGAAGCUGCAGAAGCUCUACCUGAGCCACAACCUCAUCAGCACCGUGGCCCCCCGGGCUUUCCUGGGCCUCAGGUCCUUGCGCUGGCUGGACCUGUCUCACAACCGCAUCGGCGUCCUCUUCGAGGAGACCUUCCUGGGCCUCCUCAGCCUGCACGUCCUGCGCCUCUCCAACAAUGCCAUCAGUGGUCUCCGGCCCAGGACCUUCAAAGACCUACAGAUCCUGGAGGAGCUGCAGCUCGGGCACAACAAGAUCAGGAGUCUUGGGGAGAGGACAUUCGAGGGUCUGGGCCAACUGGAAGUCCUCACCCUGAACCACAAUCAGAUCCAGGACAUCAAGGUUGGGGCGUUUCCUGGCCUCUUCAACGUGGCUGUGAUGAAUCUGUCCAGCAACUGCAUCAAAAGCCUCCCUGAGCAGGUCUUCAAGGGGCUCGGCAAACUGCACAGCCUCCACCUCGAGGGCAGCUGCCUCAGCCGGGUCCAGCGGCACACGUUCUCGGGCCUCCCUGGCUUGCGGAGACUCUUCUUGAAGCAUAACAGCAUCUCCGAGAUCGAGGACCAGAGCCUGACGGAGCUGCAUGAACUUUUGGAGCUGGACCUCACGGCCAACAUGCUGGCGCUCCUCUCUCGUCAGCUCUUCCAGGGGCUCCAGAACCUGGAGUACCUGCUUCUUUCCCACAACCAGCUGGCCCAUCUCUCCCCAGAUACCUUCAGCUCCCUCCAGCGUCUGUUCUGGCUUGACCUCUCCCACAACCACAUAGAAACCAUAGCUGACGGCCUGUUUGCCCCUUUGGGGAAUCUCAGGUAUCUCAGCCUCAAGAACAACUCUCUUAGGACCUUCUCCACGCAGCUCCCAGCGCUGGAACAGCUGUGGUUGGAAGGAAACAGAUGGAACUGCAGCUGUUCCCUAAAGGGGCUGAGGGAUUUUUCCCUGAAGAAGCCCAGUGUGGUGCCUCGCUUUGUCCGAGCCAUCCAAGAGCGGGACGACUGCCAGACUCCCGUGUACACCUAUAAUAACCUCACCUGUCAGAGCCCCCUCGAGGUGGCUGGCCUUGACCUGCGUGAUGUGGGAGAAGACCAUUUUGCUCACUGUUAACCCCGUACCCAACUUUCCCUGAGUGGAACCAGGAGUCUGUGAUGGUUAUGCUGUGGAAUCAAUCCCACUUACUCCUUAGGGGUGACCCUUACUAUACCAGCCAAGAAAAAAAGAUGAGCCAGUCCCCUGGUAGUCAAGCAAAUAGUAUCUGAACAUCUCAGAGAACUGUGUGGUGCUCCUCUGGCCUCCACGGGAGACCAGAGCAGACAAAGGGAUGACUUCAUAGUUCAACUUCUUUUUUUCCCCCAUACUUCCAUAGUGUUUCAACUCUAGUAGGGUUGCCUUGGCCUUUGGUUGGCCAAGGUACAAACAAGUUCUUUGGACUUUGCCAUUCAACUUGGUCUUCUGUGGGUUUGGAACAGAUGGUCACUGGCCCAGUCCCCAAAAGGUCUGUGACCACAAAGAAUAGCAAAUCACAAAGGGGGAAGGGGGGCAGAUGAAGCAGUUUCUACUCCUAUCCAGUAAGAUGCUCAUUAUCGAUUAAAAGCAAUUUCACAAAAAAAAAGCAUAACAUGUUCUCCUCCUCGAAUCAAAUGAAGACGAUAAAAAGUGAGUUAGCCCAGAUCAGAAAGAGUUGCUUCUCAUUAGUCUUGACCGAUCUUAGAAUCCUCAAGUAGAAGGGAACACACAAAGGCCAUCCAAUUUCCCAUACCUUCAGUAACCAAGCACCAAUCAGCAUUUCUGAUUUUUCUAAAAACUUUUCCAGAAUUUAUAUACUACUUUGGAAUCUUGACAUUCAAAUUCUCAUUUUUCAUACCUCACCUCUUCUUUUUUGGCUGUUUCAAAUGUCUUUAUGCUUUUCUUUUAGAAGGCAGUAGAUUAGAACGGGUCAACAUUUUUCUGCUAGGAUUCCUUCAUGUAUUUGUUGACUGGUAGUGAAAUCAUUUGAGUUUUUCUUUUCUAGAUUCUAUCAUUCUAAUUCUUUAACUUUAUAAGAAUCAAGCACAAUUCUUGAGUAAAGGCAAGCUUGCAUCAGACCAAAUUUAAAGAAUUUUUUGUCACUUUCUCUACACACACACACAUACACACAUAUACACACGAGUAAAUCUGGUUGUCUUGGUACUUCAAAUCCACAUGAUUCUAAGAAUGCUUCAAACAGCACCCUAAAUUUACCUAAUUUAAGAAAGCUAAAGACUCUAGAGGUCACAGUGCACUCAGACUUAUACUACUUUCUUAACCAAGCUCAAUGGGUUUGAGAAUUUGCCAAAUCUAUCAUCUCUGCCAAAAAGAAAAAUGUUAUAAAGGUUACGUGGUAAAUAGGGAAAUUGAAGCUAUUGCUGGAAAAACUGUGUGGGGAAAUCUAGCUAAAUAGAUAGAUUUCACUGAACUGGGUGAUUUUCUAAUUGAUAUAUUAAUAGAUUGAGUUAUGAUCUCAGGCACAAAAGUUCCAGCAGAAUUUCCUUCUGAAAUCAGUAAUCAGGGGCUCCUAGAAUCUCAAACCCUCUCCCCAGCAGCACGAUGGGCAAGAUGGUUAUGGAACAAUACCUAAGAAUACUAUGUGUUGUAGGAUCAAGUGAACAUAUAAAGGAUUAUACCAAAAA